AAAGUAGACAAAAUGGUAGUGUUAUUAGUCAGAAGGAUAAAUGUUUUAUGAACUUCCAUAAUAAAACUGACCCGAGUUCACCUAAACAUAUUAGACACUGGUCUUUUGUGAUCAACUCCCCCUAGUGGUGAACCAUCGGAUUUUCGAAACGUUUCGAAACAGUUAUGACGUAAUGAAGCCUCGUUUGCUAAAAUCACGUGACGCACGGACUUGGGCCAGUUUGAAACACGCUCCGAACCACUGAUUCGAAACAAAAGAUUCGCAAAUGUUUCGAAGCCUCAUGAAGCAGUGCUUCGAAAACGACCAUCACUACCAUAGAUAUCAGUUAGAUGGCGGCAAUGCUCUUUUAAGAAUGCGAGUCGCCAAUAAGCUCAAAGAAGAAGAAGGUGGUUAUGUGCUUCACAGACCUAGCAACAUGAAAAAAUUCAGUUUACUCUUCAUCAUCUCUUUAUUUAUCAACGGUGUUGUGGCAGAUGAGAGGGAGUCAGUGUCAGUAAUGGAGGGAGAUUCUGUUACUCUACACAAUACUAAAAUACAGAGAGAUUAUCUGAUCGAGUGGAGGUUUGGAGAUGUGAUAGCUAAAAUCAACGGGGGUGCCAAUAAGAUCUCAAUAAAUGAUGAUGUUCUUGAUGGGAGAUUCAGAGACAGACUGCAGGUGAAUAAACAGACUGGAGAUCUCACCAUCACAGACAUUACAACUCAACACUCUGGAGAUUAUCAACUACAGAUCAUCAACAUACAUACUACAAGAAAGACAUUCAACAUUUGUGUGUUUGAUUAUAGACAGAAAGUGAAGACAGUGACAGUGGGAGAUUCUCUCAUUCUAUACAAUAAUGUUACCAAAAAAACAGAAGAUGAGAAGAUGGUGUGGAGCAUUCGACACAACAACUCUCCUGUAGCUAAAAUAAUCAGAAAUGGAAUAGAGUUUACUUAUAAUGUUCAUGAUGAGAGAUUCAGAGACAGACUGAAGGUGGAUGAUCAGACUAGAGAUCUUAUCAUCACAAACAUCAGACCUGAAGACUCUGGAUCUUAUGAAAUCAAUAUCACUGUUGGCAGACAUUUAUAUACUAUACACAGAUUAUUCAGUGUCAAUGUCAAAGAACAAGAUCAGUCUUCUGAUUCAAGAUCAAGAACAGUUAUAAUAGCAGUAAUCAUUAUUGUUGUUCUGGUUCUGGUUCUUGUUGUUGCUCUUGCUGUUGUACACCGCUCUAGGACUGCUGGAAAUGGGGACAGAAAAAAUGAAAGCGACUCGAUAAACUGUGGUGGUGGUGCAGAUGAUGAUGGUAAUUAUGUUGUUUAUUUAUACUAUUAUACUUAUACAUUUCUUGAUACAUUUUCCCGCUUAAAAUUUACCUUUUUAAUAUUCCUUUAACAUUGCUAGGGACAUGUCCCUAGCGUCCCUACCCAAAUCGACGCAUAUGAAUGAAAUUCCAGAGAUGGAAAAACCUCAUACAAGAAAAUAUCUGUGUCUGUCAGUGAGUAACUCAAAUCUUUAAAGGAACAGUAUGUAGGAUUGUGGCUAAAACUGGUAUUGCAAUCACAAAAUUGUGGCUAAAAAUGGUACUGCAAUCUCACAACUGGUGGCCAAUAGACAACAUGACAACAUAAACAUCAGUUGAGGGCUGCAACUCCAUUUUUUAAAUGACAAUAUCCUGGCCAGACCACUGUUGUCAGUGAUAUAAGUAUUUGAAAUAAAAAUGAUUUCUUAAUGUCUAGUGACAUAUCAGGGCCAUUUUAUGAUUCAUUGAUAUACAUUUCUUACAUACUGUUCCUUUAAAUGUAAUAAUGAUUUUAUUUUUUUCUGAAGCAGCAGUAAUGACAGAAAAAGCAUCAUAAAACAGGUAAAUCAUAUAGGCACAUAGAAAUUGUUUCAAGCUGUUCAGAUUUGUUAUUGCUAAAAUGCUAAUUCGACAGGCAAAUGACACAACACCACGUCUGGCCAUCUGCAUUUUAAACUGAAAAAACUAUUGUUCGCAUUUAAAGUCAAUGAAACACAAGAUUCAUAUAUACUAAUAGCGCCUGUCAAAAAGUUGCCCCAAAGAGGUGCUGCGGAUUCGUUGCAUGUUUUUCUCAUGUUGAAGCUGAUAUGAUGCUCUGCAGAAAAUAAACUUGCGCAACUCAAACAUGUGAUAAUAAUGAUCUAUGAAAAAGGCAAAUGACCCAGAAUUAUAAAGUAGCAUGUGUAUGUUUUUCACACAGAGAAGCAAAAAAAAUGUGUAUGCAAAGCUUAAUAAAAUAACCUGAUGACCAGAAUUUGUUAAGUCUGCGCAGACGUCUUCUGCGUAACCGAAAUAGCACAAAUUUGUUAUAUUAAUGGAUAAUAAUCAACACUAAUGAAACUGUAUUGCAUACAGAUGUGCUUUUUAUUUUACUUGCCAUCUUUUAAAACAGACACCUGUUGCAGUGUUUCCCACAGAUCUGGGCCCGUAUUCAUAAAGAUUCUAAGAGUCCUCUCAGAAAACUCUUAAUUUAGCUUAAAAACGUUUAGUGCUAAUGUCAAGUUUAACGUAUUUGAUAGGAAAUAAACAGCAACACAAUGUUCUGUAAGUUUGUGUGAUUACUUUGCUUGUAGACGUUUGUAACAGACCUAAAUUAUCUCUGCUGCAUAUUUUCAUUUUUUCUAGUUACCGAAUCGGUUAUGUAGUUAAUAUAGUGGUUACUUUUAUUUUAUAUAUUGGUGCUAUAUUAUAUAAUUAUUUCUCUAAUAAGAUCGGUCACAAACAUGAUUCCUGCACGAUCUAAUGUGUUGCAUGUUAUUAACUUACUGUCAUGCAUUGUGUGCAACAUUUUUUGUCCCUCUUCGUGUUUUGUCCACUUUCCCGGUUGCUAAAAAACUCUUAAGCCUCUUAAAAGUCCUUGUCCGUGCUCCUAACAAUUUUGACCUUAAGACCUCUUUUAAGGGUUAAGAUGCUUUCUGAAUUACUUUUUCUUUACUAGGAUUGUUUCUUUUUAAUUUUAAGAGUAAACACCCACAUUUCUAAGAAUUUUCUUAGAAUUGCGUCACGAGGAGCUACUCUUUGCAUUAAGAUUCUUUAUGAAUACUGGCCCUGAAAUUUACUUGUGGUGGUAGCCGGUGAAAAGGGCAAUCAUUACCCACGGACAAAAAAUGGUCUACUAUACAUGUGACAAAGAACUAAUAAUGUGUGACACAACACAAUACUUUGAUUUAUUGAACAUUAAUAUUAAUUUCACAUUAUAGUUCAUUAAUCUAACAUCUUCUGCAGCGAUUUUUGUGUGAGCAUAUCAGUGAACACCCCUGACCACUCGGUGAGUUUCACGUCUUUGUAAAUGAAAGUUUAAUGCAUUUUAGGAAGGAUUGUUCCAGUGCACCUAUUAAGCCAUUGUAGAGGUGGGAGGUGAUACAACAGAAACCAAAAAUUCUCGGGCCAGCAUCAUAUGUCCAAAUUUCAGUCAAACCCGUUCUAUUUCAUCAUAAACAAUCUGAAAACAGGGCUUUAAGUGCAAAAAAACCUGACUUGUCAUUUAAGGAAAAAAGUUGUUGGGAAUUACUACUCUAGGAAAUGCAUACAUUAAAUUUUUCAUCACGUUAAAAUAUCAGAAGUUAAUAAAAUGAGGACUGUACAUUAUUACACCUUAUAUUCCAUUUAAUGCACAAAAAGACAAAAAGGAGAUGACAGCAGCUCAGCUAAAAAUGAAGUUAGUCAUAACGGCGCAUUCACACGGGGCAAAAGCGUUACCUCAGAUCAUCCUUCAUUUAAAGGGGGUGCGUGAUUUUUACCAAAACACACUUGAACGUCGUUGCCUGAGUUGCGUAUGUUGCGGGUCUAUCAAAAGAAGGUCCUGAUUCUGUUGGGGUAGGGGCGUGUUCAUUUAGAUUUCAAAUGUCAACAUUGGCUUUCAGAGUUCAUACACCCUGCCUUUAAAGAGGUUUUUGACUGCUGCGCUUCCUCUUUAAACAUGUUUUGAUCUCUCAUCUCUGUUUCUUACAGCUUCCAGUGAGAAAUUGUUUCAGUAGAGAUAGAGAUGCUGCUGUUGAGUAAAUGCAAAUUGUAGCAGUGAUCUUUCUCCAGUAUAACAUCAUUCAAUUAAAUUCAAUUCAAUUUUAUUUAUAUAGCGCUUUUCACAAUACUUAAUUGUUUCAAAGCAGCUUUACAUUAAUAGAAGCAGUAAAAGCACAGAAAAACGACAGAUAGCACAACAUAAUACACAAUAGCAUAGGCAGUCAAAUUUGCUGCGGCUGUGACUCGACAUUAUGAGCGAGUGUAUUACUAAUGUAACGUCUAGAAGAAGAAGCUAAGUUAAGCCCAAGAAGGCUGCCUCCCCGGGGUAAAAAAACCCUAGGGAGGAAAUGUUUAGCCGAGGAAAUAAAAAAAAGAAAAGUCCUAGGAGGGAAAAACCCUUGGGAGAUAUAUAUGUAUAUACACACACAUAUAAACGGAUAAGGAGAUUAAGCGGAGAUUAUGCGGAGAUUAAUAUGGCCCUAUAAAAUCCGUUUUAUUUUUUCCCAAAUUCCGUUUUCUCCGUUUUAAUUUUUGCAAAUUCCGUUUUAUCCGUUUUAAUUUUUGGCAAUUAUAUUUUUUACCCUUUACUUUUAUUUUAGUCAUAAAAAGAGUGUGCCUUUAAUGUUAAUGAUUUAAAUGUAAAUGAUUUGGGGGAAAAACUGGAUAACAGGAUUACUUAAUGACUAUAAAAGAUGCAUUUACACACGCACAUACACACGCACGCGUGCACGCACACACAACUCAAUUCAAUGCAUUGUUUUUUAGUGUUGUUGCAGGAGGCUACAACAAGGUGUCAACGCAGUGGUGCCUUCAGAAGUGCCUUAAACACAUCAAUCCAGCGGAACGCGAUCCAUAUUUUAUACACAAUUGCUUGAAAUGCAUAUAACUUAACAUACACAGGAUAGUGAUCUGACUUAGGACAGCAUAAGCGCGCAGCUCUUUGCACGUGCGAGUGAAAGAGAGACAGAGAG